UGAGGGUUGGUCUCCUUCUGCAUAACACCAUUCAAUUGUCCAAUAAAAACAAAGAUUCUAUUAUUAUUUUUUUCUUGAAUUUUUAAAAAAAUAUUUUUAAAUUGUUUCUUUUGCACUUAUUUGCUACGUGUGUAGAGUUUUUAUUCUAUUAAUUGGCCUAGUUUUUUUUUUUUUUACUGAGAAAUGAAAGAUAACCUUAAACAAUGAAUGUAAAAACUUUGUGACGUAGAUAUUUUGUAUGCUAUCAGCGACCUUAAACUACAAAGCUUUAUUUGAAUCUGUGUCAUAAACUAUAAUUUUUGGAGUGUUAUGCCCGUUUAGUUAGUGACCUUUAUUUGUGUGUGUUCCAGAACUAUGGCUUUAAAUAGAUUUUUACUAACUUCACUGUUGUUUCAUUUACUGUUAAACUUUUGCUUUGGCUUUGUUUCGUAUCAACCUGAACAAAUUCAUCUCUCGUACGGUGACACCCUGUACGAAAUAGUCGUCACGUGGUCGACGCUUCACAACACGAGCCUGUCUGUGGUGGAGUACGGGAUCGGUGGGCUGAUCCUGAGGGCGUCCAACCCGAACAUCACGUCCUACCACUACGGCACAGACAAGCUGCAGUUCGUGCACAGGGUGAGGCUGCAGAAGCUCUCUCCCGACAGCAAGUAUGAGUACCACUGCGGCAGCGAGCUGGGCUGGUCCGACCUGCUGUGGUUCCGCACGCCCCCGCAGGAGCCUGCCUGGAGCCCCUCGCUCGCCAUCUUCGGCGACCUGGGCAACAAGAACGCCGUCUCUCUGUCGCGGCUGCAGGAGGAGACGCAGCGCGGGAUGUACGAUGCCAUCAUUCACGCCGGGGACUUUGCCUACGACAUGAACUCUGAAAACGGGAGAAUCGGGGACGAGUUCAUGCGUCAGAUUGAGCCCGUUGCCGGCUACGUGCCGUACAUGACGUGCCCGGGCAAUCACGAAGAGGCCAACAACUUCUCGGACUACCGGGCGCGCUUCUCGAUGCCGGGUGACUCGGAGAGCCUGUGGUACAGCUUCGACAUGGGGCCGGUGCACUUUGUGUCGGUGUCAACGGAGGUGUACUACUACGUGGAGUACGGCCUCAAGCUGAUCGCCAAGCAGUUCGAGUGGCUGCGGCGGGACCUCGAGGAGGCGUCGCUGCCGCACAACCGCAGGGUCCGCCCUUGGAUCAUCGUGUACGGGCACCGUCCCAUGUACUGCUCCAACGACAACCAGGACGACUGCGCGUACUACGAGACUAUCACUCGCACGGGCUUGCCGUUCCUCAAGUGGUUCGGCCUGGAGGACGUGAUGUACGAGCACGGCGUGGACCUGAUGAUCUGGGCGCACGAGCACUCGUACGAGCGGCUGUGGCCCCUGUACGACUACCGCGUGCUGAACGGCAGCUACGAGCGGCCGUACCUGAACCCCGGGGCGCCGGUCCACGUCACCACCGGCUCCGCCGGUUGUCAAGAGGAACACGACACUUUCAAGAAGGUCCAGCCGCGGUGGUCGGCCUUCCGGAGCGACGACUACGGCUACUCACGCCUCAAGGUCCACAAUCGCACCCAUCUCUACAUGGAGUACGUGUCAGUUGACAAGUUGGGGGAAGUGACGGACCAGUUCUGGCUAGUGAAGGAUACUCAUGGCCCCUACGGAACAUUCCAUCGUCAAGAUGCUGGUACAAAAUAAUAACUUAAUUCCUGCAGUGUGCAUUCGGAGUAGCCUGAAGUGCACUUUUGUCUUUCGUAAAAAAAUUUUUUUAAUGCAUAUUGCUUAUUACUUUUUUUAAUAUACUUAUGAAGUUUGUUAAGUUGAA